UCUUCCCUUAGGUGACGUUAUCUGAUAAUACUGGAUAAACGUCCAUCUCUAUGCAGAUGAUACCCAGUUCUAUUUAUUCAGUUUAACCAGAUGAAACAAAUCAUCUGGUUAAACUGACACUAAAACAUAAAGGAUGAUCUGUAACUUCUGAACUCAGUGUAUUCGUAGAAGAGGUUUAAGACGCCAACACCAUGUAAACCUUUAAUACAGUGUAUGUUUGGAAACUUCACUCUAGUUUAAUUCUCGCUGGUCAGUGAGUGAGAAUCGAUGUCACCUGAGGAUGAAGUGGGACUGGCCUCCACCCUGAAAAGGUUUAAACAUCAGCUGUUGCAAGGACAGAUAGAGGUGGCUGCAGACGUCUGCAGAGCAACAGGUGAAACAUCCAGAUCACUGCAGUGCUGAUAUCUAACAAAAUAAUAUUGAACCGUUUUUCAAAAUGACAACUUUAAAUGAAACUGGUGAUUUAUUUUAGGCUACGUGAAGAGAAACGUUUUCAUUAUUUGCACAGUUCACCUACUUUGAUAACUAACUCAAGAACAAUGUCAAAUUCAACUUUAACUUUAUCUUAUUUUAUUCUCGGAGCUUAUUUGCAGAUCGGACACUUAAGAUAUUUGUGUUUCAUGAUAACUGCUUUGCUUUACGUCCUGGUAGUUGUAGUCAACAUGUCUCUGGUGCUGCUGAUCUGUGUGAACAGGAGCUUACAUGAGCCCAUGUACAUGUUCCUGUGCAGCCUGUUUGUUAAUGAGCUGUAUGGCAGCACAGGCUUGUUCCCGUUCCUCCUGGUCCAGAUCCUCUCAGACCUCCACACGGUUCCUGUGUCGUUCUGUUUCCUCCAGAUCUUCUGCAUUUAUACUUAUGGAAGUGUUGAAUUUUUAAACCUAGCUGUCAUGUCUUACGACCGAUACCUGGCUAUCUGUUGUCCUCUGCAGUAUCACGCAUUGAUGACGUCCUGGCAUGUUGCUGUCCUCAUUAUUGCUGUAUGGAUUUACUCUUUUGUGAAAUUUCUCAUUACUUUAUCCUUAAACAUCCGCUUGUCAUUUUGUGGAAACAUCAUAAACAGUUUGUAUUGUCACAACUAUCUGGUUGCUAAGUUGGCGUGUUCUGAUCCUCAGGUUAACAACAUCUACGGACUCUUUGGUAUCGUCCUCACUGUCUUAAUCCCUCUUGUUCCCAUCCUCUUCUCCUACAUGAAGAUCCUCAGAGUGUGUUUCUCUGGCUCUGGACAAACCCGUCAGAAAGCUCUGAGUACCUGCACGCCUCACCUCGUAUCACUCUUGAACUUUUCUUUCGGCUGCUGCUUUGAGAUUCUCCAGAGCAAGUUUGAUAUGAGCCGUGUGCCCAGUUUACCGAGACUCAUUCUCUCUCUGUAUUUCCUCCUCAUUCAGCCUCUUCUGAAUCCCAUCAUGUACGGGAUACAAAUGUCAAAACUCAGAAAAAUUUAUAAACACAUGUUCUGUUAUGUCUGGUCAGUGAAAAAAUAA